AUGGGCACCGGAAAGUCGUCCGUCGACGUUGCGGCGCUCGAGUCCUCCGACAGGUUGCACACGGCACUAAACGACGAGACGGCCAAACUUCCGGACUUGACGAGCAAAGACGAUGCAGCAUCUAUCGAUACGGCGGAAAGAGUCAAAGGACAUCCCGUCAUUCGAAACGGCGAUGAUGUUUCCAAAUACCUCGUCUCUGACCGUGACGACGGCGACCCGGCACUAACGUUUCGCUCCAUCUUUCUGGGCACCAUCUUCACGGCCCUCUCCAGCGUCAUCACUAUGCUUUACGUCUUUAAACCGACGCAGAUGCAAGUCUCUGCCGUCUUUCUCCAGCUCCUCGUCUUUCUCUUUGGCGAGGCCUGGGCCUACGGCACGCCCAGCCCGGACCGCUUCUCCCACGCGACCCUCCGCUCCGCGCUCCGCUUCCUCAACUCUGGCCAGCCCUUUGGCAUCAAGGAGCACGUCGUCGCCUCGCUCAUUGCCUCGUCCGGCAACAACGGCCUCUCCGGCGUCGAAAUCUACGCCGUCGAGCGCCUCUUUUACAACAAGGCCGUGACCGCCAGCACCGCCGUCCUCGCCACCUUUUCCAUUUCGCUCUGCGGCUUCGUCCUCGCCGGCGUGCUGCGGCCCCUCAUCGUCUACCCGGCCGAAAUGGUCUACUGGUCCACGCUGCCGCAGGUCGUGCUCUUCCAGAACCUGCACUUUGACCGCGCCGCCAACCGCGCGCGCCUGCGCAAGUUUUGCUGGGCCCUCGCCGCCGCCGCCGUCUGGGAGGUGUUUCCGGCCUACGUGGCCACCUGGCUCGGCGGCAUCUCCGUCUUUUGCCUGGCCUCCCUCGGCGCGUCGACGGCCACGCGCACCACGUUUGGCCGCGUCUUUGGCGGCGCCUCGUCCAACGAGGGGCUCGGCCUGCUCAACUUUAGCCUCGACUGGCAGUACAUUCAGAGCACGUACCUGUCGCUGCCGCUGAAGCAGCAGCUCAACAGCUGGAUCGGCUACGCCGUCUGGUACGUGGUUGUGCCGCUGCUGUUUUACAAAAACGUCUGGGACGCGCAGAAAUUUCCCUUCAUGUCGACGUCGCUCUUUUCCAGCAACGGCACGCGCUUCGUCAUCACGUCGGUCCUCAACGACCACGGCACCAUCGACUACGACAAGCUCGCCCGCGUCGGCGUGCCGCAGCUCACGUCCACGACCGUCUGGGGCUACCUGACGUCCAGCCUCGCCAUGGGCGCCCUCAUCACGCACGUCAUCCUCUUUUACGGCAAGGGCAUGAUUCAGGCGUGGAAGCAGGCCCGCGCACGCACGCAGCCCGACAUUCACUAUCAAAAGAUGCUCAAGUACAAGGAGGUGCCCGUGUGGUGGUACCUCUUCCUCUUCGCCCUCACCUUCAUCGCCGGGCUCGUCGUCAACAUCAAGGGCGACACCACGCUGCCCGUCUGGGGCUACAUCAUCUCGCUGCUUCUCGGCGCCGUCAUCGCGCCCUUUUCCUGCAUCCUCUAUGGCCUUUACGGCACGGGCAUCGGCACCAACCAAAUCUCCAAAAUGGUUGCCGGCGCCGUGCACCCUGGCCGGCCCCUCGCCAACCUCUACUUUGCGAGCUGGUCGCACCAGGUUAUCCUGCUCGCCGUGAACCUCUCCAACUGGCUCAAGGUCGGCCAGUACACAAAGGUGCCGCACCGCGUCAUGUUCUUUACGCAAAUCUACGGCACACUGCUCGGCGCCGGCCUCAACUACGCCGUCAUGACCUCCAUCGUCACCUCUCAGCGAGAGGUCCUCCUCGAUCCUCUCGGCACAAACGUCUGGAGCGGCUCCACCAUGCAGAGCCUGAAUGCCCAGGCCAUUACCUGGGCACUGGCAACGGAAAUGUAUGGCCGGCAUGGCCGCUACUUCAUCGUCCCGCUGGGUCUCCUCAUCGGCGCCGUGUUUCCUGUAUUGCACUGGUCGCUUUGUAGGGCGUACCCGCGCAUUCGCAAGUGGCCGAUUAACACGACAUUUAUUCUGCAGUACAUGGGCUCGACGUACUUUGGCAACACGUCCUGGCUGUGGUCUUCGUUUGCCGUGGGUGCUUUUUCGCAGCUGUGGCUUCGUCGCCGCUAUCCACGCAUCUACAACGAGUACAAUUACCUCAUUGGCGCGGCGCUGGAUGGUGGCUCGCAGAUUGUCAUCUUCAUCCUAUCCUUUGCCGUGUUUGGUGCAAGCGGCCAGUCGCACCCGUUUCCGACGUGGUGGGGGAACCCGGCAGGCAAUCCUGACCAUUGUAUAUAA